UCCCUUUUUCCUCAGGACCUCGGAGUUGUCUGUUACCGCUAGAUCGCUAAUCCUCUUGCCCACUUUCCUUCUUUUUCUCGGGAGCACGCACACCCAUGACACGGCGGAUUUAACCUCCGGAGGUGAUCCCGGGUUCGCCAGGAGUCUGCAUCUCUCUUCGGGUCACUUUCCUCCUCCCCUCCUCCCCUUCCCCCCGUCACGGCUCCGGUUGCCAUGGAGAACUCGUCGGUGGCGUCUGCGUCGUCUGAGGCCGGCAGCACGCGUUCGCAGGAGAUCGAGGAGCUGGAGCGCUUCAUCGACAGCUAUGUGCUGGAGUACCAGGUGCAGGGGCUUCUGGGAGACAAGGCCGACGGAGACCUGGACGUGGACAACGGCGGCAAGGCGCCAGAGUGGACGGACGACUGUAACAACAAGAAAGACGGCAGCUGGACGUCCUCCUGGGGGAGGGGCUCGACCAAGCCGGACGAAUGGGAGCGCAGCAGCAACGGCAGCACCGGCUCCGGGCCCAGUUCAGGCUCGAGACCAGGGUCUGGAUCACGCUCUGGCAGCAGAGGCAGAAACAACCAGUUCACAGGCCCCGCCGUGAACGGGAACAGAGAGGGCUCCCUCGACAUCCUGGGGACGGACAUAUGGGCCGCCAACACCAUGGACUCUUGCGGAGGAGCUGGUUGGGACAUUCAGCCAGAGAAGCUGGACUUCAGCCAUUUCCACAGAAAACCCCUCCGAGGAAUCCCAAAGCACCUGCCUCCCAUCGACAGAGAAGGGAUGAACAAAAACAAGUUUGAGGAAGAUGACGGCAUCGACAUGAACGACAUCGAGAGGUUUCUACCCCAUCUGCGUUCUUUUCCUUGCUCGGCUUCAAGGUGUUUCAGCCGGGUGACAGAACUCCCUCUCGGGCCAACGUCAACCUCUUCUCUUCCUCCGCUGCUCUCUGAGCCGACACGUCUCCCCUCUUUGACAGCGUUUGAGCCGGUCUUCCCACCCCUUUCUAAUGAGGCGGAGAUCGCACAGACCAAAAAGCUCUUCCGACGCAGGAGGAAUGACCGACGGAGACAACAGCGGCCUCAGGGAGGAGGAGGAGGAGGAGUUGGGAAGAACCAACCUCAGCUGAUACAACAGCAGUCACCUCAGCAUCAGAGGGACCAGCCCCAACAUCAACCCCAACAUCAACCUCCAAACCAACAGGAGCAGAAUUUAACAGAAGCGGGAGACAACAGAAACGGCAGCGCCGGUCGGCCGCCUCGCCAAUAUCAAGGAGGACACGGGCAGCGCCAAGGAGGACCCCCGCACCACGGAUACAGCCAGAACCGACGUUGGCACCACAAUCAGAAAGGCCCGGGGCACGGACCGGCGAACGUCACGGGCGAGAGAGGAGUUCCCCCGAGAACGACCAAAGACAGAGAGGCUGAGACUGUAAAGCCAGACGACGAGCAGACCAGACCCGGCAAGAAGCCCGGUGAAUCCCCCCGAGCCGAGUUGCCACCCAACAGCAACGCUUUCCUCCACCUGACCGGUCGAAAGGAACCUCCCAACACGCCAGGAGGCAAAGAGGGAGGCGAGGGCCGGGCGGAGCCGCCCAAAAUCAGCUUGCUGCAGUCGUCAAAGGAGAGGCUGAGGAGGAGACUGAAGGACAAGGAGGAGGCGCUCGUGGAGGCGCCGGGCUCCGGAUCCCAGAGCAUGGACCGGCUGGCGGAGCUCCUCAACAGCAUGAGGAGCAACAGCGGCGGGGCGGAGCGGCAGCUCGCCGCCUUCAUGGAGGAGGCGCAGCGCUCGGCGACGUCCGAGGAAACCCUGGCUCGGGUGGUCGGCGCCAUCUACGCCAAGGCCGCGUCGGACCGGAGCUUCGCCGCCACCGCCGCCAAGCUCUGUGACAAGAUGGCGCUGUUCAUGGUGGAGGGCACCAAGUUCAGGUCGCUGCUCCUCAACAUGCUGCAGAGAGACUUUGCCUGUCGAGAGGAGCUCCAGCAGUCGGACGUGGAGCGGUGGCUCGGCUUCAUCACGUUCUUGUGCGAGGUGUUCGGGACCAUGAGGAGCUGCUCGGCGGAGCCCUUCCGGGUGCUGGUGUGUCCCAUAUACACCUGCCUACGAGAGCUGUUGGAGUCCACAGAUGUUAAGGAAGAUGCAGUCCUGUGCUGUUCCAUGGAGUUGCAGAGCAUGGGGCGCCUCCUGGAGGAGCAGCUCCCCGAGAUGAUGACGGAGCUCCUCGCCGCCGUCAGGGACAAGAUGCUCAGUCCGGCCGAGUCGCAGCUGAGCCGCUCGCUCCUCAUGGAGGUCCUCGAGCUGCACGCCCACCGCUGGAGCCCCCUGGAGGCGCUCACCGCCCAGUACUACGACCGCACCAUCCAGAAGCUCGCCGCCACUGCCUAGGUCGCCAGAGACGAGGAGGCGAGGAGGCGAGGAGGCGAGCCCUUCUGAAGCCCCUGGGAAACAUCGAGCAUCAAUCGGCUCGUCUGGUUUUACCAAAACACCGACAUUUAAUGAAAACGUCACUCAAAUGAGUCUAUUCUCUUCUUUUUCAUUUUGAACUUGGUAUAAUUCGCUAAUUUCUCCCAGAUAGGCGACUACUGCCGCAAAUAUCCAGACACGAUCCACCAAACCGUUAGCUAUGAAGCUAUGAAGCUAUUCAGCUAGGAAGCUAUUGAGCUAUUAAGCUAUUGAGCUAGCCGCCGCGGUGACGCUACACGUGGCGCUCAAACAACGAAAACGCAUCUUAGAAAACAGUAAAUGGCCACUAGGGGCAUGCGUGGCC